UUAUUCAGCCUGAUUUUGCAACUGUUCUUAGACUAAUUUUAGCAAACACUGCGUGGGACCGGGUUCAUAUGGCCAACAGGACGGAAGUCACCAUUACAACAAUAGGCAAACGGAGCAGCUUCUAUUUUUUAUAUAUAUCUGUAUUUGACUAAUGAUUUCAAACUCAAACUCAAUUUUUGUAUGUGACAUCAUCUCAGUGUAAAGUUUAUGUAACAAAGCAGUGAGACGUUAAUGUGCAACACAGAAGCCAACCAGGGAAAAGAAAAAAAAAAAAAAAAAACUUUUGUUGCCAUACAUGCUGGGUAAUCAUCUCUCACUGAAAUGAAAUGGAAACACAUUAAAAUACAUUAUCCAGUGAUACAUCUGUAAACUAACUGCUGUGCAGAGUGAUAGUGUUAAAAGAGCAGCAUAAAUCUGAAAAAGAUGAAGAAGCUUACAAUGUCCAAAAAAGCCUAUUAAAGCAGUGAUUUCUCAAUUCCACAUGCAGGCUGACAAACCUCAAAUAAAUGCAACAGCCUGCUUUCAAUACCACUAGUAUUACUACCACUUUCAAUCCAAUUACUUGUUCUAAUGGCAAUCACUAUAAUUUUUUUCAGCUGUUUAUAAACCACUAAACAGUGCCCUCCCACCCCAGUGAGUCAGUAACUGGAACAGACAGAGCAGUGAUUCGGUUUUGAAGCCUGAACAGGAAAUGUGCUCACUGCACCGGACAAACACACAAGUAUCCCACACACACUAGCAGGAGGCUGAGCUUGAGGCCACAUUGUCAUCAGUUCUGCUGUUGUGCUGUAGAGAUGAUAAACAGCAAAUUUCACCAGCGGAGAACUCAGCGCCAAGAGGGGUGAAGACAAGAAACCUUUCAAAACACGGGGUGAGAGACUGAGGAGUGAUAUGGCAGACCUGGUUCCAGGAUUACUCUUUUGUCUGAUGGCAGUGCAGACAAUUCAGCAUGACGGAAAUAGAACCAGGACUAACAUUUCAACAGGUGUGAUACCAAAAACCUUCAAGGGGAGGACAUACAAAUGUAACCACACAAACCAGCUGCCGGACCCACUCCAUCCCAGCACAAACCCUUGGCUUUAUGUGAACCCAGAGGACCCGGUCACAGCCUACACCACAGGGAUCCUCAGCACCAGAGUCAUACCUUCAUCAUAUAUCCUGGCCAUGCUGGUGGGUAUCCCCUCCAAUGCCUACAUUCUGGGUUUUCUCCAAGUCAAACUCAGAGCAAAGUCCAUUUCUACAGUAAUUCUUUACUUGAACCUGGCGCUGUCGGACCUGCUGCUCCUGCUCUCACUGGCACUACGUGUUCACUACCACUUCAACGGAAACAACUGGAUAUUUGGGGAAACUGCCUGCCGGCUUAUUGCAGCCUUGUUUUAUGGCAAUGUUUAUUGUUCAGCUCAAACUAUAGCAUGCAUCAGUCUGAAGCGCUACCUGGCCGUGGUCAGACCGUUUUUGUACAGAAGGCUGACUAAGACUCCACUGGCGGCGGGGACGUGCUUGGUUGUAUGGUUCCUGUUUGGGGCGGCUAUUGUGCCUGAGCUCCUUGUUAGACAGAGCUACCAGGUUACCCAGCUGGGAGUGACCACCUGCCACGAUGUACUUCCCCUUGAAGAAAAAUCCCAUUCCCCAUUGGUGCUAUACAGGCUGAUGCUAGUUUGUUUGGGCUUCAUAGUGCCUUUCCUGGUUUGUAUCUAUGCCCAUGUGGCAGUAGUUUACCACCUUGGUCAAUCUGGCUGUGACUGGAGACCUUUUAUCAGGGUCAGCACUCUGGUCUUUGUCAUCUUUGUGGUGUGUUUCUUGCCCAGCGCAAUCCUGCAUAUCGCCCACUACAUCCGCCUGUUUUCCACUGGGGACGACAGACUGUAUGGAUACUACAGAGUAGCGGUAUGUCUCUGCUGCUUCCACAGCUGUCUGGAUCCCUUCCUGUGUUUGCUCGUUUCGAGGACGGCAGCCUCUGAACUGCAAUUCAUUUCCCUCCGUGCGAUACCACAGAGACCAACAGUUAUGACAUGAGACUGGAUGUGCAUGGACGGGAAAAAAAACAUGUCCUUGCUGGACCAUUGUUGGGACACAGCAGGGAAGCACAACGCUUCUAGUGUGCACCUAGCAAAAUAUAAGACUGAGAACUUGGUAACACAGAGUAACAAUAUGCUGACAACUAUAGUCUGUCCUCUGUUUUGCUUUGUUAGAGGAGAAUUAAAUACAAAAAAGACAAUAUGUAUAUAGGUAUUUACUCUUGUCCUUCCAAUCUUGCAUUACAUGCAGAAUAUGUACAUAAAAGUUCAAAAUCAGAAAUGAAGUCAGAGAUAAGAGGCUGCUGUGCAACUCCAAUAAAACUUAGAAGAAUGAAUAAGAAUAAGAGAGUUAUGAUAUGUGGUUAUAGGACUGACUUAUUCAGUUCAGAUUUUUAAAUGUUUUGCACUCUGAGGAUGUGGCAGGUGCAAGCACGCAUUUCCAUAAGCACAAGUUCUAAAUGAAAUAAACAAAACCCGU